AUGCGGCGCUUUAGGGAUCAAACGUGCCCCGCGUUCAAUACCGUCGAACUACCACGUGAAGUUGAUGCGCGCGUACGGCGUGAAGCCAGGAAGACAGCUACAUCGUCGGGCGCAACUACAGUUCCCGUUCCCAUUCCCGACGCGUCUGCGGCCCGGCCGCGCACCCUCAACCUGAAUACAUACAAAUUCCAUUCCCUCGGUGACUACGUUCAGACGAUACGCCGCUUUGGGACCACCGACUCGUACUCAACACAACUGGGCGAAACAGCCCACUGCGCCGUGAAGAGGUACUACUCCACCACGAACAAGCGCGACGCCAUCAAGCAGAUUGCGAAGAAGCGCGCUCGGUCGACGGUUUUCCGCGAGGAAAAGAAGGAGAUGGGGGAGCUGGCAAAGGCCACAUACGACCACCAUCAUGUCAUUGCCAGUACUCGUAACCACCCUAUCGACAUAUUCCGAUUUGUAGAGGAGAAUCAGGAUGAUCCUGCUUGUACUAGGGACUUCAUCCCAAAGCUGCAAGAUCAUCUUUUGGGUCGGCUUCUGGGGCGCACAUUCGACGGCGAUGACCACGACUUCACGCCCGAUGAGCUCAACAGUAUCCGACUUGUCAAUUGGCGGAUGUACGCCUCCCAGGUCCUCCGGGUCAACUACACGACCUACGAUGUGAGGCGCAACUACGACACCACUAGCGCGACGCGCCGCACAUUUGUCAUGCUACGAUCCCCGGAGGCUAUUGAGGACACCUCCGCCCAUCCAUACUGGUAUGCCCAAGUCCUGGGCGUGUUCCGUGCCGAUGUCGCGCACAUCGGACAGCACUCGCGAAGCGGGCCGAAGCCACGAGAAAUGGAAUUUCUCUGGGUGCGCUGGCUAGGUAUAGUCCCAGACCAUCAAUACGGGCAUAUACACGCAAGACUGCCCAAGGUCGGCUACGUUCCAUCUUCAGACGACUACGCCUUCGGCUUCCUCGACCCCGCACUUGUCCUCCGCGCAUCUCAUCUCGUACCUUCUUUUGUAGAUGGAAGGACGAGUGAGCUACUACGUGAAGGCCCGUCAUAUGCUCGACGAGGGACAGAUGUAGAUGACUGGACGAGCUUCUACGUGAACAUGUGA